AUGUCAGAAGCUAAAAGAUUUUAUGGGGUGUUUAGAUUAACUCCAGCUGUUAGGGGCACCGUGGGGCAUAUAGCUCCAGAGUACCUUUCUAUAGGACAAUCUUCAGAAAAAACAGAUGUCUUUGGAUUUGGAAUCCUCCUACUAGAGUUGAUAACUGGUCAAAGGGCAAUAGAUUUUGGCAAAGCAGCAAACCAGAAAGGAGCCAUGUUAGACUGGGUUAAGAAAAUUAACCAAGAAAAGAACCUAGAAAUGUUGGUAGACAAGGACUUGAAGAACAACUAUGACAGCAUUGAACUUGAAGAAAUAGUCCAAGUAGCUCUCUUAUGUACUCAAUUCCUCCCUAAUCAGAGACCUAGGAUGUCGGAAGUGGUAAGGAUGCUCGAGGGAGAUGGCCUCGCAGAGAAAUGGGAAGCUUCUCAAAGAGCUGAUUCCACAAGGAGCAGAGUUUGUCCAUAA